UCUUUUUGCUACGUUAUAUAUUUGCAGCUCUAGCUAACCAUGUUAGGUCCAAUUUUAUCAGUCAAGCUUCAAGUGACUCUGAACUAGCCAAACAUAAAACAAAAGGUUAUGAUGACAGUAUUGGCAAUUUGAUGGAUGCCAAGAAAGACAUAGACGGGGUUUUAUCUACAACUAAACUUCUACCCAAUGUUCAGAAUAUGAAACAAAAUGUUACGGAAAAAUUAGGACUUAUAUUCAGGCGUGGAGUCAAAAAUGGAACAAAUGGAGUAGAUGAGGUACUUUCUCUUGGAGCUGACGUCAUUCCAGAGUACAAACUGCAAUCAUCUCGCAUCCACAGGUGCACAAUUCUUCAUUAUUCUCCGUUCAAAGCUGUUUGGGACUGGAUUAUACUUCUCCUUGUGAUCUACACAGCAAUAUUUACUCCCUAUGUUGCAGCUUUUCUUUUAAGUGAGGAACGUAAAAAGGAAGCUUAUCAGAGCGUGCAAAACUCUUAUCAAGAUCCUCUCACCAUUAUAGACCUUAUUGUCGAUGUGAUGUUUAUCAUCGACAUUCUUAUCAACUUCCGUACCACGUAUGUCAAUAAAAACGAUGAAGUAGUCAGCCAUCCAGGGAAAAUUGCUGUUCAUUAUUUUAAGGGUUGGUUUCUCAUUGAUGUGGUGGCUGCCAUCCCAUUUGACUUGUUACUGUUCGGUUCAGAAACUGAUGAAACUGCCACGUUAAUCGGUUUGCUGAAAACUGCUCGUCUGCUUCGGCUGGUGCGGGUUGCACGGAAACUGGACCGGUAUUCCGAAUAUGGCGCUGCAGUAUUAAUGUUAUUGAUGGCAACUUUUGCUCUUAUUGCUCAUUGGUUGGCCUGCAUAUGGUAUGCCAUUGGCAAUGUUGAACGUCCCCUUUUACGACAUCCGGUAGGCUGGUUGGACGAACUGGCCAAACAAACUCAACAGUACUAUUCACCGAAUGAAACUCACAGUGGCCCAACUAUCAAGUCUAAAUAUGUCACAGCCCUAUAUUUCACAUUUAGUAGCCUUACCAGUGUAGGGUUUGGCAAUGUUUCCCCUAAUACGAAUUCAGAAAAAAUAUUUUCGAUUUUGAUAAUGUUGAUUGGGUCUCUUAUGUAUGCAAGUAUCUUUGGCAACGUUUCUGCAAUCAUCCAGCGUUUGUAUUCAGGUACAGCUCGCUACCACACGCAAAUGCUUCGAAUUAAAGAAUUCAUUCGUUUUCACCAAAUUCCUAACCCAUUACGACAGAGACUUGAAGAAUACUUCCAACAUGCCUGGUCUUAUACCAAUGGUAUAGACAUGAACAUGGUAUUAAAGAGUUUUCCAGAAUGCCUUCAAGCUGAUAUUUGUCUACAUUUAAACAGAAACCUUCUUAGUAAUUGCCCAGCCUUUCAAGAGAUCUUGAAAGACAAGUUAGAAGUUCAAUUUGGAUUUGAAACCGUUAUUGCUGUUGUUAUUGUUCUUGUCAUUGUCGUCGUCGUCAUUAUUAUCGCUCGCAGCAAAUCUAAAUCCGUUUACUCUUCUGCUAUUUUCCUCCUGUUUUCAGGAACUGAUGACGUCUUUGGAGAGAACCUAUGUAAGCAUAUGACCAUUGGCAAAUCCAGUUGUAAUGUUCGCGCUUUAACCUAUGGUGACCUUCAUAAGAUUAAUCGGGAAGAUCUUUUGGACAUACUUGAUAUGUAUCCAGAAUUUGCUGAAAGUUUUACCAAAAAUCUAGAAGUCACAUUUGAUUUAAGAGAUUGGGCAAAAAAAAAAGUCUUUUCUUGCUUCCCAGAGAUAUUACGGAAUGAAAAAGCUUGUCGACGAGAUAGACGAUUACGGCAUCGGUCGAGUCAGGAGACGGAACCGGGCCUCUCUUAUGAGUCCAGUGAUGAAGAGAUCAGAGAGAGUGGUGCUGGAAUUCUAGAGUUUUCACCAGCAAAAGCGGGCCAAGAUGUAACGCCCGCCAACUUUGAUUUCCAGCCGAGAGACAAAGAGAAGAAGCUGAGUUCAGGGUUCCCUUACAUUGCAGGUGCUUUAUCUAGUGUGAAUACUUUAGUUAACGUGGUCACAGGGCGACACGAUUCCACAAAAAAAAGCCAGGAAACAGCACCUUUAUUGCAGGAGUUGAGUGCAAGUCCUGAAACUCAGCACAAAGUGACAUCUUCAUCAAGUGUACCAAAAUCUACGUCGAGUAUGACUCUACCAGUGUCUACGUCGUCCAGCCAUUCCCAGUUCGACGAGCAUCAGCCUUCAGGAAGAGGUGGUGCUGAUUCACAAACAGCGAUGGUAGGACACACAAGUCCGUUGGAUGUGGAAAGGAGAUUGGAGGAUAUGACAAGGCAGCUUUGCAGGUUAGAAAAAAAAAUGAGCUCAGAUAUAUCAAUGAUUUUAAGCAUUUUACGCAACCAGUAUUCAACUGCUGCUGUAUCAGUCCCAGCCGUAAGUUUCAGUGGAGGUGCUCAAAUCAGCUCUUCGUCACAGGCCCCAGCCAGUGGCAGUUAUACAGCGCCAGUCUCUUGUAAAACAGCUGUAUCAGAGCCGAAAACAACAGCAGGAAGUAACUAUCAAGCAUUUCCAAAAUCUAGUGAACAACAACAACUACAUCAACAACAGCAACAACAUCAACAACAACAGCAACAGCAGCAGCAGCAGCAACAACAUUCGCAGCAGCUGGAUUCAAAUGUAACAAACAUGGUGGGUGGGGAUGUGAGUUCCGUUCCAGAUGAUGAUGUAUUCCAGUUCCCCCCUCCGCCUCCUCCUUAUUCAAGUGAUGUCCAGAUUGGUGUCCCAUACCAGGUCAGCUCAUCUGAAGAUUUGUGUUGCUGUGAAGGACCUGUAGAUCACCAUUUCACUCCGUCACCUUCUCCUUCUUUGGAAUAUCCCAUGUUUUAAACCCGGAGUAAUUAAACACACAAGGAGUACUACUUUGAUUACUACUACUACUACUACUACUACAGCGUUGGAGCCAUCAGAACAGCAACAGCAAAAGAAAGAAAAAAAAACAAAAGCAAAAUAUAAACAAAAACAAACACGAGUUUUUGGAGCAAGUUGCUACUCUCCCAAAUGGAAAAUGGUAUUGUCAAGAAUGGCCUGAUGAGCAUUCUUGAAGUUUUUCGCACACACACACACACACACUGUCACCCUCUUCUUUAACCUGAACCUUAACCCCUAAGCCAUCCCUACCCCUCCUGCCAAAGUCGUUGCUUGUGUAAAAAGCUGGUGGUGCCAGUGUGUUCUGUGAGGUAUUGCAGAACGUCAGUUCUUCCCAGUAGCUUCAAUGAUUAACCCUUUCCCUAACCCCCACCUCCAUCACACACACUGCCCCCAACACAUACACACACACACACACAAACUCAUCCCCCCCCACACACACACAUAUUCC